AGAGGAGAUUAUGUGUUUUCAUUUGGAUGAGGCAUCCCGCCAAGCCGUUGAUGGCUUCCCGAUCACUAGUUCUCGAGUCGCCAGGGAAACGGCGGCUGACCCGGUUCUCCAGCAAGUAGUUCGCCUCAUUCAGCAGGGGUGGUCCUCCCGCCCUCCGGGCUGGGCCUCGGACCCUCUUCGUAAUUAUUUUCUUCUACGAGACCGCCUCUCGGUCUUGGACGAAGUUCUCCUUCUGGCUACCGAUGAUACAGCUCCUCGCGUGGUUGUUCUUUCAGGUUUACGCAGGGAGGUCCUCACGUUAUUACAUGCGGGGCACUGGGGUGUUUCCCGUAUUAAAACCUUGGCUCGCAGACAUGUGUACUGGCCCGGUAUUGACAGAGAAAUUGAGCACUUAGUGGCCGCCUGUUCCCAGUGCGCGAGCCAACAAGCAUCUCCCAGGGCAGCGUUCUCUUCCUGGCCGCCGGCAACCCAAGCAUGGGAACGUGUUCACAUCGAUUUUGCGGGCCCGUUUCUCAAUGGCUUUUGGCUCAUUGUCAUUGAUGCUUAUUCCCGAUUCCCAUAUGUGGUUCGCUGCUCCUCAACCACUUCAGAAGUUGCAAUCCAGGCACUAGCAAAAAUCUUUUCUGUGGAAGGUCUGCCAAUCACCCUGGUCUCAGACAAUGGACUGCAGUUUAUUUUGCAGACCUUCCAGGAUUUUUGUAGGCGCUUCGGUAUUCGGCACGUUUGCUCUUCCCCCUUCCAUCCACAAUCGAAUGGGGAAGCUGAGCGCAUGGUGCGCACAUUUAAGACGCAGAUGAAAAAGUAUGUGCACGAAUUUCCUGCAGAGGAAGCCUUGACGUUUUUCUUGACGGCAUACCGGACCACACCAAUGGGCGAACGCAGCCCCGCAGAGCUCCUCCAUGGGCGUCAACCUAGGACUCUGCUGCACCUCCUCCGGCCUGGUCCUCGCCAGUCUUCACAAAACGGAGUACCUGGCUUUCCACUGGGUAUGUCGGUCUGGGCCCGUGGGUUUGGUCGCAAUCCUCGUUGGAUACCGGCGGUGGUCUUGCGCCGAAAUGGCCGCCGGCUCUAUACCUUGCAGGCGGGGAAUCGGGUGAUAAGUUGUCACCAAAAUCAGCUACGUCCACGUUCGGGCACCCACCCUCCGACCUCUCGGACACCGGCUUCCCCAUUGCCGGCACCUGUAUUGGUUUCACAGGGGACGUUACCUCCUCUCCCCGCUGUGACUCUGCCGCACUGCGAUGGUUCUCAGCCUUGGCAGCCUCCAGUAGCUCCAGCAUCGGCAUCGCCAUCAUUCGAGAUGCCCCAGCGAGAGCCGGCCCCCCUAGCAGGCCCGGUUUCUCAGGGGGCUAGUUCACCUGUGGUCGUCCCUUCCCCUUCGUCCCCGCCGCUGGGUCUUGCCCCUCCCAAGGUGGAACAGGAUCCGGAGUUCGACAGCUUGUCACCCGUUCUGUCCCGAGCUCCGGUUGUGGGACGACGGGGGCCUCUUCGUGUGGGUCACUUCCAGCCGUAUUCGAAGGUUCCGGCUCGAGGGUUGGCAGAUCCCCUCGACUCCGGCCAUCCAAUGGAUGUGGAGGUCAUCGCUCCUGCCCGACGCUCCACCUUCCGACGCAGUGGAUCACAGUGGCUUCACCCCCGAAGGAGGAAGAGUGUAGUAGCCACUAGAAAGAUCGCAGGAGGCGCACAUUGGCACAGCGCGUCACGGGCGGUAGUUGCCGCAAGUAGAGUCCCGUCCACUAGAGGGCACACGAGAAUUCGGACGCAACCUCUGCCGGCGUAACAACAAAAACAACAACUACUACUCCGGCAGCACGGGCCGUGCCCGGUCAGUGAACAUCGGGCAUGCCUAGGGCAGUCCCGGUCUACGCUAAGUGAAGUGCGACGUAACGUGAACAGUGAUUGGUGUGAACUGAGCACAAAAAAUCUUUGUAAGGGCCAUAUUUUGGAAGAAUACCUGAAGGAAAGAGAAAAAUCAGGGGUUAAAUUUCAUCGAGUAGUUUAUGUUGGUGAUGGUAAGAAUGAUUUGUGUCCA